AAAGAUGCUUCAUACUACAAACAUACUCAUCGGGAAACAUAUUGAAAAUGGGACCCUUUGGAAUAUAAUAAAACAUUUUGCUUGUAUUAUUGAUUUCUCAAUGGAUGAAUUGACUUUUAUGUUUGCAAUACCUGAAAAAAAUUUUGAUAACGACCGUGCUAAACAGCGUAUGUUGGAGUUUGGUCUGCAACUAAAAUUACUCGAAGACUCAGACCUUACUGAAAAUGGUGUAGCAGCUCAAGCUCGUAGUGAUAUAUCUAUAUAUGAUCUUGGAGAUGCACGAAGAAAAAUGUUAGACCCAGUUUUAGCAUUGUUAAUAAUCAAUAUUAUGAGCAACCCAAGGAGUCACAGAAUUGAUUUUGAGUACACAUGUCGAAUCAUAGGAUUGUUCUGGAGUACAAGAAUUCCAGAAAGUUACAUAAACACUGCAAUUGUUUUAGAAGACGAUACUUGUGUCAUACGCCAUGGAAGGUUAGACAGGAAGUCAUUUAAACGCUUUGGGCUUGAUAUACAUUAUGUGGACAACAACGACCAUAGCGAUACAGGAAACAGCAUAGUUCGUGAUUUAACGAUAUUAUGAGCAUAAAUAUUUUCUAUUUUCUCAGGUUUAUUUUAAUAAAUGAUACAUAAAUUAUAAUGUACAUCUGUUAUUAUAUUUAAAUUUUUUUUUG